AUGUCCUUAGACGUAAAAGAGAAGACAGAGGUACGUCUGGUCUUCAUGGGUGCAGCCGGCGUGGGGAAGACCGCUUUAAUCCGACGGUUUUUGCAAGACAGCUUUGACCCCAAGCAUCGACGCACAGUGGAGGAGCUCCACAGCCAAGAGUACGAGGUGGCCGGAGUCAAAGUCACCAUCCACAUCAUGGACACCAGCGGCAGCUACUCCUUCCCAGCUAUGCGCAAGCUCUCCAUCAAAAACAGUGACGCUUUUGCCUUGGUCUACGCCAUCGAUGACCCAGAGUCACUGGAGGCUGUCAAAAGUCUUCGGGAAGAGAUCCUGGAGGUCAAGGAGGACAAGUUCACACCCAUCGUGGUGGUGGGAAACAAGACGGACCGUCGGGGAGAACGGCAGGUGUCGACGGAGGACGUGUUGUCAACUGUAGAGCUGGACUGGAACAAUUCCUUCCUUGAGGCCUCGGCCAAGGAGAACGAGAACGUCCUGGAGGUGUUCCGGGAGCUGCUGCAGCAGGCGAACCUGCCCAGCCGCUUGAGCCCGGCCCUGCGUCAACGCCGGGAAACGUUCCCCAAAGACAACGCGACGCGGCCGCCCAUGAACAAGACCAACAGCUGCUCCGUCUCUUAG